AAGAAUGAAGAAAUUGCAACGAUGAAAACACCCUAGAGGAAUACGCUCUAUCCUCUUCUCUUUUUUUUCCGUCUCUUAUUGAUUUUCGCCUGAAAUAAAGAUAUGGACAGUAGAAGACAAGAGCAAAUGAGGAAGGAUCUAACGCUAUGGUUGAACAGCUGACAGAUGAACAGAAAAAUGAGUUCAAGGCCGCCUUCGACAUCUUCGUGCAAGACGCAGAGGAUGGCUGCAUCAGCACCAAGGAGCUGGGGAAGGUCAUGAGGAUGCUCGGUCAGAACCCCACGCCAGAAGAGCUGCAGGAGAUGAUAGAUGAGGUGGAUGAAGAUGGGAGCGGCACGGUGGACUUUGACGAAUUCUUGGUCAUGAUGGUGAGAUGCAUGAAGGACGACAGCAAAGGGAAGACAGAGGAAGAGCUCGCCGAGCUCUUCAGGAUGUUUGACAAGAAUGCAGACGGUUACAUCGACCUGGAUGAGCUGAAAAUGAUGCUGGAGUCCACAGGAGAAACGAUCACUGAGGACGAUAUCGAGGAGUUGAUGAAAGACGGGGACAAAAACAAUGAUGGCAAGAUUGACUACGAUGAAUUCUUGGAGUUCAUGAAAGGAGUGGAGUAAUCCUGAACAGGAGAGGAUCCGGCAUUAUUUCAGUGUCACUGUGACUCCUCCACGGUCAUCUGUGGAAGACUGGAUGCGGAUUUGGCUGCAGUUGAUGGAAACGAUGGGGACAGCAUUGCAAAUACUGUAUCUGAUUUCUUUUUCUUUCUUUCUUUUCUAUUUUCUAUCAUAUCUUGCGAUUUGUGACUUUCAGUACAUUCAAUCUGUGUAAAUGUGUCUAAAUUGCUUAACAUUUUUGUUGAGACCAAAUAUUAAUUCCCCUUUUAGCUGGUUUAUGUUAGCUUUUUGUAUUAUCUUCCAGGUAAAUAUGAUACUGAAAAGGCCGCAUCCCAAUUCCUGACGGGAUGCUCAAGAUGUAAAUAAACACAAAGCAAAGUCUUGUUAGACGCUUCGUCCAGGAAAAACCCCUGGAUCCAGUCAGUGUGCAUGCUAUUUAUUCUGUUCUCGUGUUUCAGGUUUGACUGCAUGUUUCUGCAGAAAAGGUCUACUUGAAAUGUUUGCUUACAAAUAAAAAUCGAAGCAAGAAAA